AACCCUCCUUUAUUGAUGGUGUUGUGUUUUUCCUUUUUCUUCUGCAAGAACUACACCUACUAAACCUUCUUUUUUUUUUUCAACUUUUUUUCUGAGGUUUGGUUCUCUUCCAAUCUUAAAAGAAAAGAAAAAACGAAAAAGGUGAGAGCCAUGUCAGGCUUGUACAAUCCAAACUUCUCACCUGUCAGAGCUGCUUCUCCUCAGAUUAGAAGCACCCCAGAUGUUGAUAGUCAGUAUUUAUCAGAGUUGUUGGCAGAACAUCAGAAGUUAGGACCCUUCAUGCAAGUUCUUCCAAUAUGCAGUAGAUUGUUGAAUCAAGAAAUAUUGAGAGUUUCUGGAAUGUUGUCCAACCAAGGUUUUGGCGACUUUGACAGAUUGCGGCAUAGAAGUCCAUUUGAGCAUGUCAUUUGUACAAGGGUAAGUGAUGUAAUCUUUACAGGCUUGAAAUGGUUUGGAUGUCCAAAGCAGAGAUUAUGUGGACCCCCUGGAAUGACGAUGGACUGGCAAGGUGCACCGGCAAGCCCUAGUUCAUACACUGUCAAGAGAAUCCUACGCUUGGAAAUUCCGGUAGAUACAUAUCCCAAUUUCAAUUUUGUUGGAAGACUUCUGGGGCCUAGAGGAAAUUCUUUGAAACGGGUUGAAGCGACCACAGGUUGCCGCGUGUAUAUCAGAGGAAAAGGAUCAAUAAAGGAUCCGGACAAGGAAGAGAAGUUACGAGGAAGACCGGGCUAUGAGCAUCUCAAUGAACCGCUGCACAUUUUGAUCGAGGCUGAUUUGCCUGCUAAUGUUGUUGACAUCAGACUCAGGCAGGCUCAGGAAAUCAUUGAAGAACUGCUCAAGCCUGUGGAUGAGUCACAGGACUACAUUAAGAGACAGCAGUUGCGCGAAUUAGCUAUGCUGAAUUCGAAUUUCAGAGAAGAGAGUCCUGGCCCAAGCGGUAGCGUGUCUCCCUUCAAUUCCAGUGGAAUGAAACGAGCGAAAACAGGUCGCUGAAAAGGGUGUCCGUCGUCAUCGUCGAUGGUGUAGAUGGUUAUUGUGGUCCUCCAGCUAUUCGUUGCUGAGAAUGUCGUCGAGUCGCAGGUCCAAUCAAUGAAGCUAUAAGAAGAAGAAAUAGGCUAACAAUUCUUGCUGGUUAGCGUUAUGGUGGUUUUUCCUCCCCCUUUUGUCCCUACCUUUUUACCUUUCUUGAACAACAGGAGACAAAGCUGGAAUGAAGAUUUUUUUAAACCAAAAAAGAAAAAAAACAAAAAAUAUAUAGUUGGGUAUUGAAAAUAGGUUUUGUUCAAACCAACCCCACUUUUCCCCUUAUAAACUUGAUACAUUCAUUGGAUUUAUUCUUGCAUUAGUUACUUUUGAGAAGUGUGGAAUAUAUACAUGUGAUGUGAUGGUGAUGGCGGCGGCGGCAGCGGCAGUGGUGGUGACGACGGGUGAAAUUUUAGGUCCAAGAGGAUCAAGUGUUGUCGCCAUGUGACAUGUGUCGAAGUCUAUGGUAUUUUAAAUAUUUAUAUGAGUUUUAGCAUAGGAUGGAUUCUUUUUAGUUGUUUUUGUCACAAGCAUUUGUAUUCUCUUCCAAGAGAUAUAUGCAAUGGUAGUUGGAAUGAUGCAUUGUCAGAUGAACAUCUUACCAUGUACCAUUAUAGGAAGAAAAAAAAAUUGUGGUAUUUGUUUAUAUAAUUGUUCUAAAUUUUGGUCAUCAUGUUUAAUGGAUAUGGACAAGGAACAUUUUUUCUUUCUAUAUUUUUA